GAAAGGUGGACCCGGCACGGGCUAUAGUAAACAUUAUGGGGGCACAUCGUGUGCUGUAGUUAAAGCUCAGAAAAUAGCAAAUGAAAAGGGGGUCUCUAUUGGAGAUUGUAUGUAUGAUGCCUACUUGGCACUACACUUUAAGAAUGGAAAAUAUACAACUAAGGAGGCCGAAGAGAUAGAUGCCAAGGUAAAAGAGAUUGCGGCUGCACAAGGUGAGGGAGCAAAUCUAAAUGAUAUAUAUGUCAAUCAAGUCAUGGGAGGCUGCCUUGACAAGAAGAAGCGGAUGCUUGGAACGGGAGUCCUUGGACCAAUGCUCUUAGGGAGUAAGUCUGUGGCUGCUUCAACUAGCAAUCAACAGGAUGCCAAGUGGAAAAGUGAGAUGCAACAAAAUCUCAAUGAAGAGUGUGAGCGUAGAAUGAAGUUGGAAGAGGACGUGAGCAGGAUGCAGAAGGUGGUGGAUCUGUUGGUGAGCCAACAGUCCCACCAGUCCCACCAGUCAAGUUACUCUGCUGCCCGACCUGAUGAAGAAUAUUCUACCUGAUGCUAGAAGCGGAGCUUCAGGAGGUGGCUCAAAGAUUUGGAGAGAGACGAAGUUUAUUACACUUGGAAGGAACAAGAUUGUAAACGGUCCCACAACUAUUUUGCAGACUUGAGAAGCUACAUGCUCGGCUAUUUUGUUAUUAACUAAGUUUUAGAAUUGCACUAAUGAUCAAUAUAAUUAAUCGCUGAUGUUAUGAGUAAUAUGAG